AAUUUGCCAAACGUCCUUACGCAUCGCUCCGCUUGAUUCCGCUCUGCCUACUUGCCACACCAUCCACACAAAUCCACAAACAAAAAAUAUAUAUAUAUGAAUAAAAAUAAACUCAACUUAAACAAAAAAAAAAAAACAAAAAAAACAAUGCCAAUGUGUUUGCCGACCCACUACACCACGUCGUAUAUUAUUUACCACGUCGUUUCGUUUUCUGUUGUUGUUGGCAUAAUACAAGUAGAUUUUCACACAGACAUGAAUCAGCUUUUAUCGAGCGGAGCUUCACCCGGAAUUGAUUGUAUAUUACCAGAUUUCUGCCUACCCGCAGCCACAUCGCCCAGCCUCUCAACUCUAGGGCCACUCGGUGCUGGACCCGUCGACGAAAUGUCCAUUACAAAUUUUCAUGCUGGCGCCGCACCGGGCACAACCAACAUCGUUACCGGACGUAACAAAGCUACACCCAUGCAGAUUCGUUGCAAAUUUGGUUCACUUGGCACCUCAAAGGGUCAAUUUAAUUCUCCACAUGGUUUUUGUUUGGGCGUUGACGAGGAAAUUAUCGUUGCCGAUACAAAUAAUCAUCGCAUCGAAGUGUUUGACAAAACUGGCACACUUAAAUUCCAAUUUGGUGUACCCGGCAAAGAGGAAGGCCAACUAUGGUAUCCACGUAAAGUGGCCGUCAUGCACACAAAUGGCAAAUUUGUCGUCUGCGAUCGCGGCAACGAACGUUCGCGCAUGCAGAUCUUCUCAAAAUGUGGACAUUUUAUGCGAAAGAUUGCCAUUAGAUAUAUCGAUAUUGUCGCUGGCUUGGCCGUAACUUCAAAGGGUCAUAUUGUGGCUGUAGACAGUGUCUCACCAACAGUAUUCGUCAUAUCAGAGGAUGGUGAAUUGGUGCGUUGGUUCGAUUGCAGUGAUUACAUGCGUGAACCCUCAGAUAUUGCCAUACGAGAUAACGAUUUUUAUGUGUGCGACUUCAAAGGUCACUGCGUUGCUGUCUUCCAGGAGGAUGGUACUUUCCAAUAUCGCAUUGGUAAUGAGAAGGUCACUUGCUUCCCCAAUGGCAUCGAUAUUUCAAAUGCUGGUGAUAUUUUGAUUGGUGACUCGCAUGGCAAUCGCUUCCAUGUGGCCUGCUAUUCGCGUGAUGGUAUUUUACAAUCAGAAUUUGAGUGUCCUCAUGUUAAGGUUUCGCGCUGUUGCGGCUUAAAGAUAACUUCCGAAGGCUAUGUGGUCACUUUGGCCAAAAAUAAUCACCAUGUGCUGGUACUUAACACGCUUUACGUUCACUGAUCGCAGAUCAAAACCACAACUAGCAGUUGUAUCAGCGGCAGCAGCAAUAACAACAACACUACUGGGGGUAACGUAAGCAAUUUUCCAAUGAAUGUAUCCAAUGGAAAUGGUAGUGGCGGUGGCGUUGGCGUUGGCAGCAGUGGCAGUGCCUAUGAAAGCGUUAACUGCGGCAUUAUCGCAGUCAACAA